AAGUGUUAGUAAUAAAAAGAGAGACGAGAGGAAACAGUGACUACCCUGCUUCCGUAAAUGAGUUCCGUCAAAAUCCCCGGCGGCGCCGGAGUUCCGUUGUAUCCGCCGCAGGAUAAAUCCGACCUUACCAGAAAGUUCCGGAAAACCCAGAAAAAUAUCCAUGGCGACCAGACAGACCGAACAAUUUACCGUCAAACUCACGACAGAGAAAUGAGAUUCUUACCUCAGCCUCAAUCCAAUAAUAAUGGUUCAGUCAAAAUCCCAGACGGCAGCAACGCUAAAAAUGGUUCCAAAACUGGGUCUUUAACGGUUAAGUUUCAACCGGCGCAUAGAAAAGGCGAAACCGAGAAUAUGCACGCCAAGUGUUCGACAAAAUGGUCUCGUUAUGGAGGUUGCAUCCCGAUGAUUCUGGAAGCUUUGGAAACUAUUAAAGACUUAGAUUCAGCGCUGAAACCGUGGGAAGAGUGUCUUAAUAACAAGGAAAGGACUAUAAUCUUGAAGGAACAGACAAGCUGGGAACGUGCUUGGGAGAUAUUCAAUUGGUUCAAGAUGAAAGGCUGCUACGAGCUGAAUGUUAUUCAUUAUAAUAUAAUGCUUAGGGUUCUUGGUAAAGCUAGGAAAUGGACAUUGGUUGAGAAUUUGUGGUUAGAAAUGGCAGAGAGGAAAAUCUUGCCCAUAAAUUCUACUUAUGGUACUCUUAUUGAUGUUUAUAGUAAAGGAGGAAUGAGAGUUGAAGCAUUGAAGUGGUUGGAUUUGAUGAAUAAAUCUGGAAUGGAACCUGAUGAAGUGACAAUGGGCAUUGUUGUUCAAACCUACAAGAAAUCAGGUGAGUUUGAUAAAGCUGAACAGUUCUUCAAUAAUUGGUCAAUUUGUAAAUCAUUGUCUGUUAAGAAUACACCUAAAAUGUUGAGUUUAUACACUUACAACACCUUGAUUGAUAAUUUCGGCAAAUCGGGUCAGCUUAAAGAAGCCUGUGAAACAUUUGAUCGUAUGCUUGAGGAUGGAAUUGUCCCGACCACAGUUACCUUCAAUACAAUGAUUCACAUUUAUGGUAACAAUGGCCGAUUAGGGGAAGUAACUUCCUUGAUUCGUAAAAUGGAAGAGCUCAACUGCCCACCCGAUACUCGAACUUAUAAUAUUCUCAGUUUCCUCUACGCCAAACAUGGUGAUAUUGAAACUGCGAGAAAUUACUUCAGAGCAAUGAAACAGCCGGAUCUUGUCAGCUAUCGUACCUUGCUGUACGCAUUAUCGAUCAGACUGAUGGUUGAUGAGGCUGAAGAACUAAUCGCAGAAAUGGAUGAACAAAAUCUUCCUAUCGACGAGUAUACUCAAUCCGCAUUAACAAGGAUGUAUCUACAAGCUAACCUGAUUGAGAAAUCUUGGCUAUGGUUUUCUAGGUUUCAUCUUCAAGGAUCGAUGAGUUCAGAUUGUUACUCAGCCAAUAUCGAUGCUUUUGGCGAGCAUAACUGCAUUUCAGAAGCAGAGAAAGCUUUCAAUUGUUGCCUCGAUUACAAAAAGUCAAAUGUGCUUGUUUUCAACGUGAUGAUAAAAGCAAACGGGAUCAACAGAAAGUUCGAAAAUGCUUGUAGGAUUCUCGACAGCAUGGAGUCAUAUGACCAACUUCCAGACGCUUGCAGUUACAAUUCUCUAAUCCAAAUGCUGGCCGGAGCAAACCUGCCUGAUAUGGCCUUACCUUAUUUAAGAAAAAUGCAGAAAUCUGGCCUCGUUAACGAUUGCAUCCCUUAUUGCGCAGUAAUCUCCAGCUUUGUGAAGAUGGAUCAGCUGGAAAAUGCGAAAUUAUUACACGAAGAAAUGGUGGGAUUCAACGUGAAGCCUGAUGUCGUUGUUUAUGGAGUUUUGAUAAACGCGUUUGCCAAUUCAGGUAGUGUCGAGGAAGCAGUAAGAUAUGUGGACGAAUUGAAAGAACUGAGAAUACCUAUGAAUGAGAUUAUAUACAACUCGUUGAUUAAGCUGUAUACUAAAGUUGGAUAUUUAAAGGAAGCAGAGGAAACAUACGAGAUGCUGAAAUCAGACGUUUAUUCUUCAAAUUGCAUGAUCGAUUUGUACAGCGAGCGAUCGAUGGUGAAACAAGCUGAAGGGAUUUUCGAGAGCUUGAGGGAAAAGGGUACUGCAAAUGAGUUUUCGUAUGCGAUGAUGCUUUGCAUGUAUAAGAAGCUGGGGCGGUUAGAAGAAGGACACGAGAUUGUAAAGAAGAUGAGGGAAAUGGGAUUUCUGAAUGAGGUAUUGAGUUAUAACAAUGUUCUUGGUUUGUAUUCUUUGAAUGGGAGAUUUAGGGAAGGAGUAAAGACAUUUAAGGAGAUGAUUAGAUCGUCGGUUCAGCCUGACGAUUCGACGUUUAAGCCACUUGGAGUGAUUUUAGUUAAAUGUGGAGUUGCGGAGAAGGCGGUUGUGGAGCUUGAAGUUUUAAGAAGGGAGUGUCCCGAAAGGGGGCUGCAGGCUUGGAUGUCGACCCUCGAUUCGAUUGUAUGUUUAAAUAAGUUAAACGAAUAGAAGGGAAUAUAAAAUGUGUCUAUUUACGACACCACCAUAGGACCUUCAUCAAAUUUUGUUGAUCAUUAUUCUAAGAGCUAAAUUCUGUCUAUUUAGCACUUGGCUUAGUGUCUGUAUGUAUGUAUGAUAUGGUAUAAUCUAAUCCAAAGAUAU